GAAUGCGGGAGUAAUCUAGAGCAAGGUCAAGAAACAAGCUCUCACAGAUAGAUGCUGGCUUAGGGUCAUGAAACUGUGUAACAGGUUAAGGAAGGCAGGACUGUGUGGGGGUGUGUGUCCAUCCAUAGGUGAAGCUGCACUUGAUGGAGGAGAAGAAGAGCGCCAAUAAGGGGGCCUAAAAUCUAAAUCAAUGGUUUUUGACCAAUCGGGUAGAAGCACAUCUCUUUUAUAAAUAUGUGUACUUCUAAGUUAGGGGCAUCUCUCUUCCAGAAGUUGGCUACAACAAACAGCUGCAGACUGUGGCUUUCUAACUGGAGAGCAUGAAUUAUUUUUUGCUGUUUGAGGCAAUAAAUGAUUGAAAACUUGGAUUGGGACUGAAACCCUCUUUCACCUUAGAUAAAAAGAAUACGCUACAAAUCUUGGUGACCCGAUGUGAUAUCUGGGAAAAGAGAAAGAAUUGGAUAAGGUUCGCGACUGGAGAUUUUCAGCGGGACCUCGGCGGACCCUUGGAACACUGUUCAUUCAUUCAUCAUCAUAAAUAACUGAAAGGUGAGCAGACAGCCGCUGGAGCCCUCUGCUUUUGAACUCUUCAGGCUCCUCCAUGCCGCCUUUGCUCCUCUUGGUGGAGCUCUGCAAGUCAUUCAGGUAGUUCUGCCUCUUGAAGCAAUGACCUCUGCAGGAGGAGUUAAAGAGCUCCAGCUCUGCUGGUGGAUCAAGCCCAUCCAUGUCAAUUAGGUACCUACAGACCAGGUACCCAAUGUGGUUCACGCCAUAGGUGCAGUGGACUUAAAUCAGCUUGUUGUUGUCCUAGCUCUCAUUCAGGAAGUGCCUCGCUUCCCAUUUGAAGCUCAGGAUGGAGGCAUCAGAGGUGGUCUUUGAUGAAGAUCUUGAUACAAAAGCAGGACAACUGUCGAUCAGUUUGUAGUACCUAAUCGUGAAGGUCCUGGCUCUCCAGGUCACAGACUGUUUAAAAGGCACCUUGAAGGCAUUGAAUCAAGUCCCAGGGAUCCUCUGACCAGCAUAUCCUUCUUCUUUUUCAGAUGGGACAUCUGCCCAGCUAUGAGGUUUAUACUCCCAGCUGAAGCUUUUAGACCUGAAAUCAGUCUCAUUAGCUCCCCUAAAUAAAAUAAAUUUUUUUAAAAAAAAACCCCCAACACUGCUUUGAAUGAAGGUGCAGUUUUAACAUUCAUAUAGUGUGAGCAUCAUGCAGCAUCAUUGGGAACAUUACAAGAAAUCCAGACCUCUCAGAUCACCUGCUUUCUCGCUCAUGUCAGAGGUAAACCUGAAAAGCAGUGCCUCAAACAUGAGUUGUGCUGAGGACAGUGGCAUAAUAUCCACUCCAACAUCCCAUAAUGUCCUUCGAAUAAUCGUCAGCUCUCCAAACAUAAAAAAGGAGUCCAGAGGUUUCUGUUCCCAUAUACUCCCUACUAAUACGAUAUUACAGUUUUUAUUAUUAUAAAUCCAGCUCCAAACUUUUCUGAUUUUUAAAAUCUGGUCGUGAUGUGCGUAUGAAACGUCAUAAUUAUUUUAUUAAAGAUUCUUUAAUAAUCUUUAUUAAAGAUUUUUUUAAAUUUUAUUAAAGAGUAACGGACCAUAACACUGUGCGACAGUUUGGAUGGCGUCUUCUCUAACCUCUAUAUUAAAACCCAGUAUCUGCUUGUUAAUGGAUCUGGUACAUGCAGAAAUUAACAGGAGACGUUGUUAAUUGACAAUAUACCUAGCUUUAUUAUUGAAGCUGUAGAUCUCUGUGAAUUAGUGAAGACAUUUUAAAUUGAGGUGUUUUCGACGAGUUUCGUGAACAGUUACUAUCACGUGAUGCGUUGAAAUUUGAAGCGUUUACACAACACUGGAAAAGAAAAGUGAAAGCUGGACACUUUAAACUGAAAGCUGAAAAUUUUACACGUUAUUUCUCUGUCGGACGUUUCCGUCGGAUUUUAGCUGGUAGCAUAAUAGCAACUGUAGAGUCACAUUCCGGUUCACGCAGGAAAUGAGCGUCCGCCUCCAGUGACGCUUGCCCGGCGAUCCCGGAAGUGUCUCGUCCUGUUUACAUUCUGCUCUUUGUUCGCUGCAAAAUGUCGAAAAAGCGGUCUGAGAGCCGCAGGCUGAAGGCCACCAUCGAGCAGCGGAUGGCGGCGGCAGCUCAGGAGAUCUUUCGGCUGCUCCAUGAACGCAGCCGAGCCGAGCUGCCGGAGCUGCGGGAGCUGCUGGCGGAGCGGCUGUCGGCGGCCAUCGAGCUCAUCCUCACCGCGUUCGAAGAGAGCAGAGCGGUCGAGAGAGGAGCGGCGGACCCCGGAGGGGAGCGCAAAGAGUUGUGUUUGUCAGUUGGCGUCACAAGUCUCUCUGUUGAGAAACAUCUGAAGCCAGGCAACUCGAUAGACAACCAACUGAAAGAGACUCUGCCUGGCACUUCCUCCAGACCACAGACCAUCUCUGAACUGGAUCGCCAGCUGGCCUCUCCAGAUGAUCCAAUGGGAGACGAAGAACAAUGUGAGAAUGACAAGCAGUUGGUGUCUCACCUUUGCAGAGUGUGUGGGAAGUCCUUUGACAGGAAAGGCUUUCUGAUGAAGCACGUGGAGAAGCACUCGAAAGAGGCCGACUGUCUGUGUGGUAUGUGUGGUGAGCGUUUUGAGUCCAGUGAUGGCCUAAUGCUGCAUCUCCAGAUGCACCGUGACAGCACCAGGACAUGCGAUGUCUGCGGCAAGAAGUUUCCCUCAAUCCGAGCUCAGGAGAUGCACAUGAGGAUGCACACUGGAGAGAAACCCUUCAGCUGUGUUGUCUGCGGGAAAGGCUUCAAUCAGAAGGGCAACAUGGUAACCCACAUGAGGAUCCACACGGCAGAGAAGCCAUUCACCUGCAAUGUCUGCCACAAAGAGUUCAGCCAAGGCAGCUCGCUUGAACGACACAUGAAAGCUCACGACGGACAGACACCGUUCAGCUGCAGCUUUUGCGGAAAAGAAUUUCCAAAGAGUGCUGAGCUGAGGCGACACAUCCGGAGCCAUGGAUCAGAUGAGCAAACGGCCAUCAGUAGCCGGCACAGAAAACCCAGUCUGACCCCUUCGCACUGCUGCAAGGUCUGCAGCAACGCGUUUCACAACAAAGGAAACUUUGUGAGGCAUGCAGAGACUCAUCUAAACCACCCUGAUUGUCUCUGUGGCAUCUGUGGAGAGCGUGCAGAGUCCUCUGAGAGUUUGCAGCUGCACAUCCAGAGUCACAGAGAAACAAGCCGGAUCUGCGACAUCUGUGGCAUAAGCUUCAGAGACAUGGAGAUACACAUGAGGACACACACGGGCCAGAAACCAUUUAGGUGCAAAGACUGCGGGAAGGACUUCCCCAGAAAGGGAUCGCUGGAGAGACACAUGAAGCUGCAUGCUGGUGAGCGGCCGUUCAUCUGCGAGUUCUGUGGGAAGACUUUCAUAGAAAACACAGUCCUAAAGAGGCACAUCAAGAGCCACAUUGGAGGGAAACCACGAAUAUACUCCUGUGAGGUCUGUGGCAAGAAGUUCACCAUGAGCCAACACCUGGAUGUUCACAAGAGGAUCCACACCGGGGAGAAGCCAUACACCUGCAGGGUGUGUGGGAAGAACUUCAGGCAGAUCGGAAACCUGGACUCUCACAUGAGGAUCCACACGGGCGAGAAGCCAUUUAUCUGUAGCCUCUGUGGGAAGAGGUUUCGCCAAAAAAUCUCACUGGAGACACACGAGAGGUUCCACAAGAAGGAGAAACCCUACAGCUGCCAGCUCUGCAAUAAGGGCUUCGUACAGAAGAUCGACCUGAAGAGACACAUGCUAACGCACACUGGGGAAAAACCCUACAGCUGCCAGGAGUGUGGGAAGAGGUACCAGGAGAAACGCUCAGUGGAGUCACACAUGAAGGUCCACAGGGGAGAGCAGUCUGUCAAAGACUGUCAAAGACAGGAAGGAGUUCAGCCUGACUUCAUCCAGCUGUGAGCUGCAGACACAACUCCUGUUAAGACCUCAGUUUGAGAAGCUGUUGCUUCAUGAACAUGUUGAAGUAUAUUUAUGUUCCCAUAUCUUCAGAGAUGAUAUAGACAGAGUCACAGCUGGACAGAAUUGAAAUUACCAUAAAGGUCUGAGCUUCCUGUCAGACAGUGUGGCUGCUUCUAUGCAGAAAUGUUUGACUUUUUUAAUUAAAACUACACAAGUCAAGUUUUUAGAUUCUAGUCUAUCACUUUUAAAUUGGCUGAAUAAAAUGUGUAAAACUCAGGACAAGGAAGCUUCACAAGAGAAAGCACGCCUAAAAGAAGUAUCCCUCAGGGGGCGGCACUUUCUGAUAGUCUAGGAACAGCAAGGGUGGAGGCUCAAAACCUUCGAGCUAAAACUUUGAAACAGAGUUAAUGCAUUAAGAAAAUUAGUUAAUAAUCUGUAAUUUUUACAAAUGAAGUAUUCUGGGAGCUCAACAGAUAAAAAUAGCUUCUAGUUUUCUGUGUUUUUAACAACUGAGUUUUUCUCAUAUUAUUUCUUGGUGUUUAUGGAGCAACAUAAUAAUCAUAUAAGGAUGCUGGUAAACAGGUUGAUUGUCCACAGCUACAAAUCUUAAAAAUGAAAUAAAAAAGUCUAUUUUGGAUUUGA